AUGUUGACACCGGAUGAUGCUUUCUUGAGCUACUACGACGUUCGACUGACCCGAGGAGAUAUGCAAACACUGAAAAAUGACUGGCUAACGGAUAAUAUCAUCUCGUUCUGGGAGGAAUACCUCGAGCACGAAGUUCUCGCCAAACAGAAAUCCUCCAACAUCGUCCUCCUUCGCCCCAGCAUGUCCUUCAUGAUCCUCCAAACUCCCAACCCCCUCACCCUAAAAGAAGCGCUCCCAAAUUUCUCCGGCGUGACCCACGUUUUCCUCCCGAUAAAUGACUGUCGAAACGUCACACAAGCCGAAGGAGGUACCCACUGGUCUCUACUCCUGAUUUCUAUCGUCGACCGCAUCGCAUUCCACUACGACUCCCUAUACCAAGGAAAUGUCUGGGAAGCGCAUACCGUGACGCACAAAUUUGGGGUUCUACUGAACAUGCCAAUCCGCUUUAUGCAUUUGAACGAUUCCCCGCAACAAGACGGCGGCAGCGACUGUGGUGUUUUCGUCUGUGUGAAUAUGCGCCAUUUGCUCGAGAAGCGUCUUCUUCGAGCAAGUGCACACGAGAAGGUCAGUAUGAGUCUCGGAGGACAAAGGGUUGAUGCUAGUCAUUCUCGAAAGGAAAUGGCUAAGAUCAUUGAGGGAUUCCGGAAGGAGGGCGAACGUCGACGAUCGGCGAGCCUCAGUCGCAGUCCGAUGGGGAAGAAAUCACGGAGCCCGCCACGCAUUGAAUAG